AUGGCGGUCGAUGGUGAUGCCAAAGCCAGCAAGGGCUCCAAACGCAAGACACAGCACGAUGGGAGUGACAGCGAUAGUGCAGAUGACGGGACAGACACAGAGGUACGCACUCCCCACCUCCUACUACGUACGGCCUUGCGCCAGGCCAGUGGAUAACUGACCGACCUUCGCGUCUCUGCGGUGAAUACGUUAGAUGUUGGACGUGUCGUUCGACUUCUUCGACCCGCAACCUCAGGACUACCACUCGAUCAAGCUGCUCUUGACCCAACUGCUAUCCCACGACGCACCGCUGAUCGACAUUGGCUCGAUUGCGAAUCUCGUACUCGAGCAAAAGCUUGUCGGGUCCACGGUCAAGACCGAUGGCAGCGGAGCCGAUCCUUACGCCGUCUUGAGCGUGCUCAACCUGAACCUUCACAAAGUGAGUUCUUUGUCACCGCAACCGUGUACUACCUCCUGCAGGUGAUUCACCGGCCAUGGGUGAGCGAACGAAACUGAACCAAAUUGAACAUGCCCUCACGUUGCAGUCGGCGCCUUCCAUUGCCUCCCUGAUCAAGUACCUCGGAUCCAAGCUCUCCACCGCAAAUCCGGAAUUUGCCAAAACACUCGAUUCCGUUCUGAGUAACUCGGUCGAAUCGUCCACGGCGACGACACGGAGCAACGUUGGACUCGUCAUCUCGGAGCGAUUGGUCAACAUGCCGGCCCAGGUCGUACCGCCGAUGUACAGGAUGUUGCAAGAAGAGUUGCAAUGGGCUCGAGAUGACGUGAGUACUACACGUAUCACGCUCAUCACGCCCGUCAAGUCCAUACGGCUAAGCCUCUGACGUGUGUGAAAUUUCAUAGAAAGAGCCGUAUCACUUUUCACACCUCUUGUUCCUCUCGCGCGUCUUUCUCUCCUCCGCCGAGCAAUUCGAGCAAGACCCCAACGCCAACAUCAACACCACAGAUGCGAAUGGAUCAUCGGCGGCGGGUACAACGGAAGCUGGCAAGGCCAAAGGAGGGAAAAAGAACAAGAAGGGGAAUACUGUGGCCGGGACAGGGAAAAAGGCAAGAACCGGGCCGGGGGGAUCCGAGACGAGGGUCGUCGAGGAAUGGAUGUAUCAUGCUGAGGAUGAGAUGAUCAAGAAAGCGAGUCGUCUUAAACCCUUGGUGCCGUGGGGUCGCGAGUGAUGAUGUACAUAGGCUGAGCCGAAAAGCCUUCUCCUCACUGCAGUCUUCGUUGUAUUCGCAAACGUUCGCCUACUCGACCGCUCCUAAUCGGGAAGGGGACGAUCCCUUUGGCGUCGAGACAAAAGGCCUGGCGAUGUUGGUCGAGUACGAUCAGUUCGAUGGGAUCGUGCAAGGGAUGGAAGCGUUUUUGGGUGGGCCGACGCCGACAGCCUGA